AUGUUCACCUUCCAGCAGUGCCAUUUACUCGUCACAGCCAUUUCAGUAUUCGCUUUGGCUUCUGGCGUGCUGGGAGACUUUAAGCUAUUCGAAUACUACGACCAGCAGGUGUUGUCGGCUGCGAGGAACAUCACAACCUCAUGUAUUGAUGCAUUAAAUUCGACCGUUAAAUGCGAUGAGAAAACCUCUGUGAUGUUAGGCAGCGGUGCCGACUACAGCUAUUGGUAUAAGGACGACAUCACGACGCUCUGUACGCCGUCAUGUUUGAGCUCACUUCGUGGCUGGGAGUCAAGUGUCGAAAAGGCCUGCGAGGGCCAAACCAUCAUUGAGAGCGGCGCCGUUGUGCAAGCCAAGUCGCUUGUUCUAUCCUUCACCUACAAUGCAGGCAUAACUUGUCUCCAGGACAGUCAAUCCAACUGGUGUUUUUUUGAAUCCCAGCAGUGGCAGGGAAGCGACUACAUCAGAUGGGAUCCAGAUACGUGUUUUGACCCUGACGAUGACCCUGCUACCUGUGAUGGCUUUGACAGUGAUGAAAUUACGGAUGAAAUGCGAGCGAUAACCAAUUUAUACGAUAGAUCAUUUGUAUGUCUUAUCCUACCUGCACCGUUACUCCUAUGUAGACUGACAAAAGUUCACUAUAUAAAGCUUUGCAGCGAGUGCUUUCUCGAGCUCUAUAGGCAGCGGCUGCUUGACCCCUGGCUAGCAAAAUCCAACUUCACCGACUACCUGAUCGACCAACGCCCAUUUGUCUCCCACUCCCCUUUGGGCAAGGUUAUUAACCUAUCCCUACUUUCCAGCGAUUCACUGGCCAAAAAAUACUCCAACUCGGCAUUUGAUAUCUCUAAAACACAGUUCCUAUCAUGGAACUCUAAUAUCCAGGGAGGCUGUGAUAGACUUGCUAACGCUCAGCGCGUAUGCAUGCAGGCUCCUGGCGGGGCAUUUCCAUCCCCUACGGCGUCUAUUGAAGCACCAACAGGAACAGAUGCCUAUUCCACAACAGCAACUCCGGCCUAUCCAACCCAAAGCGGCAGUAUUGCGAACUGUGGUCGGUACUACAAGGCAUCUGCAGGCGAUAGUUGCUAUACAAUCAGUUUGCAGUUCGGUAUUAGCUUUGCCCAGCUACAGAAAUGGAAUCCCUACCUUAACGCUGAGUGCACCAAUCUAUGGCUUGGCUAUGAUAUGUGUGUCGCAGAGGUAACGGCUCCAAAGGUUUCACCAGAUGGGAGCUGUGGGCCAGGAUUAGUAUGUAAGGGAAGCGGGUUCGGGGACUGUUGUUCGUCUGAUGGUAAAUGCACGCAGAGUGGCUGCAACAGCUCUCCCGCCGACAGCACCGUUAGCAAAAAUGGGUUGUGCGGGCCGGAUAAUGACUUCAAGACCUGCCCUGGAUCCUCAUUUGGGGAUUGUUGUAGUAUCUACGGCUACUGCGGAAACUCGACAGACUUCUGCGGCGCUGGUAAUUGUUACUCCGGGUCUUGUGCCACAGAUAAUGGAGGGCCAUCAAUCAACGGUGAGUGCGGGCCCAACUUCUCGGGAAAUAAGACAUGUACUGGAACGCAGUUUGGGAAAUGCUGUUCAACAAGCGGGUACUGUGGAAGCUCGACUGCCUACUGCGGCCCAGGAAACUGCUAUUCCGGGACAUGCUUGUCGAAUACGAUAUAG